UAUGAAUUUAAAUAUGGGGGUUCUGAGCCAAUCAAUCUUUCACCUCCUCUGGGCUGCUUUGGUCGUUUGUCAGUAUGAAGAUUAUGAUUUCGAGGAUGACUAUGAGGAGCCAGACCAUCAAACUCCAUAUUAUUUUAACCCGAACACACAAGCUGAAGUUCCUCGCUUUCCUCUCCCAGUUGAGUGUGCCAGGGAAUGUUUUUGCCCACCAGCUUUCCCCUUGUCCAUGUACUGUGACCAUCGGAAACUGAAGACAAUACCAAAUAUCCCCGGUCACGUCCAACAGCUUUACCUGCAGAACAACGACAUCGAAGCCGUGCCUGCAGCACCAUUCACUAAUGUCACCUUUGUGAGGGAAAUCAACCUCAGCUACAACAAAAUUAAAUUCCACAUGAUUGACCAGGGGGUUUUUGCCAAACUUUCAAGCUUAGUGCAGCUUUAUUUGCAACAUAAUGAGUUAGAAGAGUUUCCAUUCCCCCUGCCCAGCUCUCUGGAGAGACUCCUCCUUGGCUUCAAUAAGAUUGCCCGCUUACCUGGGGAUGCACUGGGAGGGUUACCCAACAUCACCACGCUGGACCUUUGCAGUAACUUCCUUGAUGACUCAGUACUCAAAGACCGACCCUUUUCCAACAUGAAAAAUCUACUGCAGCUCAACUUGUGCAACAACAAGUUACAGACUAUGCCUCCCGGUCUGCCGGCAUCACUUAUGCACCUCUCUCUUGAAAAUAACUCCAUUUCUUAUAUUCCAGAAAACUAUUUCCACAGACUCCCCAAAAUCAUUGCUCUGAGAAUGUCCCACAAUAACCUGCAGGACAUUCCACGCAACACCUUUAACCUACCCAACCUCCUGGAACUUAACCUUGGACACAACAAACUGAAAGAAGUGUUCUAUAUUCCAAGAAGUUUGCAGCACUUGUAUAUUGAAGGCAAUGAACUUGAAAACAUAAACGUUACUUUGAUGUGCCCAACUCUGGACCCACUGAACAUCCACCAGCUGACCUACAUCCGCGUGGACCAGAACAAGCUGACGAGCCCAAUCAGCAGCUAUGCCUUCUUCUGCUUCCCCCUCAUCAGAACCAUCUACUACGGAGAACAAAACGUGACUCUCAACAGGCCAACCCGGCUCCGAACACCGGUGUUCCGGCGGUUCUUAACCCCAGAGGAAUACCAGGAAGCAGAAGACAAUCAGGAAACGCACAGUCAAGACACCGAAGAAGAUCACGAAGCACAAGACAACAACUACUUCUAUCCUUACUUUCACUGAAGGGAUUGGUAAUGA